CAUUCGACGCAGUUAUCUUGUGCCCACUCCCCGGAGUACACACAUGUAGAGUAACCAUGAGCGGCAUAUCGUUUAUCGUGUGGGUGUAUAUUUGCGCGCGUCCUAGACACAGCUGACUCGUACACUAGCAUACGUCGUUAUCAGCUGAUGUUUUGUUUUGUUUUGAUAUAUGCGCCCAAACUGACAAGUAAAAAGAGAGAGAGAGAGAAGAAAAAAAGCCGACUCUGCCGCAAGUGUCCACACACAGCAACAACAAACCCUUGCCAACGUAGCGUCCAUCGUUUUGCAUUAAAAGUGUCAGUCCACCCCAAGUGUGGGGGAUAACAUAUAGUACAGCUGAAGUAAAAAUAAAACAAUUGGACAACAAUUGCCAAUAGAGAAAGUAUAAAGAAAGGACUCCCGGAGCCGACGGCGAGAUAUGAGGGUGACGAGCGAGACGGGGGAAGACGGGCCGAAGAGUCCCGCCAACGCGGCCUCGUCCUCGUCUUCGAAGCUCUUGUCGAGCCUGAGGAUCGUCUUCUUCGUGAUCGGCACGAUCGUCAUCGGUUUCGCUGCCUUCUGCAACUCACUCACGUGGCAUCUGCAAAAGUUCUGGGGUGCCUCGGGUGACUUUUGGCAGGCGCAGUGGGAGAAGAUCGUCGACAGAUUCGGAGAUGACCCCGAGACCUAUUGGGUCAACGGCUCGAUCGCGAUAACGUUCCUGGCCUACUGGCUCUUCGGCGGCAUCUACACGUUCAUGGACCUGACGAACCGGCCGAAAGCCCUGCGCCGCUACAAAACCCAGCCGGGGACGAACGAGCCGGUGUCCACGCGGGAGCUGCUCCGCGUGAUCGGCCAGGUGCUCUUCAACCAACUGGUGGUCGGCUUGCCCCUAACCCACUGCGCCUACUGGCUCAUGAAGUGGCGGGGCUUCCCGGCCCUCCACCAACUGCCGACCUUCCACAGCUUCCUCGCCGAGAUCGCCUUCCACAUACUAUGCGAGGAAAUUGGCUUCUACUACUCGCACCGGCUGCUCCACAACCGCCACCUCUACCGGCACAUACACAAGCAACACCACAAGUGGACGGCCCCCGUAGCGGUCACCGCCAUCUAUUGCCACCCCAUCGAGCACGUCGGCUCAAACCUCCUGCCGCCCUUCCUCGGGGUCUUUUUGCUCGGCUCGCACGUCGCCACUGCCUGGCUCUGGUUCUGUCUGGCCAUACUGUCGACCCUCAACGCCCACUCUGGUUACCACCUGCCCUUCUUCCCGUCGCCCGAGGCCCACGACUUUCACCACCUCAAGUUUAACCAGUGUUACGGCGUGCUGGGCGUGCUCGACCGGUUCCACGGCACGGACAGCAUGUUCCGGAGCUCCAAGGCCUACGAGCGGCACAUCAUGCUGCUGAGCCUCGUGCCGGCCCGCGAGGCUUUUCCCGACGCCGACGACGACGACGCCAAGCGGCUAACCAACGCCCCCAAGGCGUUUCCCGACGCGGCGAUACAGCUCUGCAGGCACUGAGCGUACAUUUACCGUGUACACCUGCGCUAAUUUUCCUUUUUUUUUUUUUUUUUUUUUUUUUUUCAGUUGCAAAUCAAGUGUAAACACCUUUUACUUUUGUCUUUAUCGUCUAGGUGUGUACAUUUUUGAGUCGUUCCGAUGUGCGUUGCGGUGAUCCAUGUGGACAGACUUGAACACGACUGGGCCUUUUUUUUCCACUGUAACUUGUUACACUUUAUUCGACAAGAGGUUUUCUAGAAAAAUGUUGAUAGUGUAUUCCAAAAUGGCCCGAGUGUAUGGGUGCUAAGAGAAAUGUAAGUCGUUGCACUUCAUUUUGAGAUAUGUUAGUUGAUUUGUUUCUUGUGUUUUCAAACAAAGUUGCAAACUUCGAAUUUAUAAGUGCGUGUUAAUUAUCGGGGAACGACAAUGAAAGCCUUAUGAUAUACACUGCAAGGGGGUAUAUAGUAUAGGAAUAUAAUGCACUGCGCCAUUCUGGAUGUGAAACAGUUGUUGUUUUAUUUUUCAAUAAUGGUCAAGUUGACGAUUCGGAGUUGAGCAAUAUACGGCAUUUUCGCAAUACAAACGAGGAUCGGGAGUGCAGUGUGAAAGAAAAGCCGAUUUGUACAUAAUAAGAUUGUGAGAGGUAUGUGCAUAAGUUUUACUUUAUCGUCAGGUUGGUGUUUCAUAGCACAUUAUAAAUAUAUUCACACGAUUGACGGAAUUUUUCCCUCGGAUCGUGAUUACUAUAGAUUUUACUCGCACGAAACACUAUACGAUGAAUAGUAAAGUUCAAUGUUAUACACUAUAGCAUUGGAACCGAAGCUCCAGAGAUAUGUUACUUACUUUACGUAAAAUUUUGGGAAGAAGGGGGCGGGUGAUAAAUUUUUAAAUUUCAAACAGUUGAGAUGAAAUUUUUUCAAUCGCCGAUGGAACAAAGUAUUGUAAUUAUAUUGUACUGAGCGAUGAUGAUGAGUGAUAUUAAUACUACAUGUGUAUGAAGACUCUAAUAUAUUUAUAUAUACGUAUAUCUAAUCGUAAAAGUUGCCAUACACACGUAAUUUAUAUUUUUCUACAAGAAACAAAAAUUUUACGAGCGUCUUUUAUCAAUCGUUCUAUUUUUUAUUAUUUGUUUUUUUGUAUAUUUCCACCUAUUUAGCAUAGUUUGAUCUUUUCUAUGGAGGAAAAAAUACAUAGAAUUGGCCCAUAUGAUUCUACCGGAAGUACCGUUUUUACCAUCAGAAACUAUUGUUACGUGUAUCCAUGUAUAUUAUUUCAAAAUCUUUACGAGUAAAAAAUGUUCGUUUACACAAAUUUGUUAGAUACGAGGCUAAAGAAGGUGUACGUAAGAAGAAAAAGACGAUUUGCGUGAUGCCAUUAUCAGGCUGGUAAUAGGCGCACAAUUCACACUGGCGUAUAAAAGCACAAUAAGCAUUGGCGUUGUUCAGUUAAUCAAUUGUUUCUUAUUUAGUUUUUUCAUAAAAUUAAAUUUAUAAGCGCUUCAACAAUUAAAUAGAAUUACGUUUUUUCGAUGUUAAUAGAACAUGUGUAAGUAAAUUAAAUGAACCUAGCUAUAGUACCACAACAUCGAUUUACGACUACAUAGUAGCGUUAAUUAACACGAGCUUUGAAAAUGCACACUACACUACGUCUUACUUUUAUAUAGGUACGGAAAAAUCUGUACGGUAUCCGAUUCUUUGUAAAUUUUUGUAAACUUUACUAUACUACUUAUUUGUGUAAGAUUGUGUAAGAAUCACGUCUGGAAUUUUUAAUAAAAAUUGCCAAGUUGAUGUUUCGA